UCCGAGCCCCUCAUUGAUCUCUCUAUGUUGCCAGACAAUUACUCGAAUGAUUCAUGGACCCUCGUCAUGACAUCUCCUGAUGAGGUUCUCGCCCAUGAAGGCGAUGAACUCGAGGCCCCCAGAGAGCCAAACUUCAUUUCUGAGGUCUGCUGUCAGUACGUAAUCCGUUCUCUUCUCUACUCAAAUUCAUUUACAAGUCGGCACGUCACUGGCUCUAUUAAACAUAGCCUUAUAAUGAUGACUGUUUCACUUGAUUAG